AUGGUAGACCAUGUUGUAGACAACGACUUUGUCGAUUUUAUAGAGAAUAUAGAGCCAGCCGGGCCCAGUGAACCAGAGUCAACUGUAAGUGGAGAAGAAUCAGAAGACCUUCAAGACCAAGAAGGCAGUCAAUCUGCCGCUGUGCAGGAUUUCAACGCGGGAAAAGAGGAAUCUCCAUUGCCCAAAUUGAAUACAUUUUUUCGUGUUUGUUGUAAACGCAACAACAACCUCUCGUUCGAGUGCCUUCUGUGUAAACCGAAGAAAACCGUGCUUUCCACAUAUAUUACAUCACACUCCAACCUUCGAAAACACAUAAAGGUAUUUUUCCAAGUUAUAAAAUAAUUAAGACCAAUAUUUCAAUAUCUAGUUAUGCACUUGUAUGUAUUAUUUAUAGUAGUCUACUAGUCUGAGACUCACAGUACUGUGUACUGACUACUGAGAGAUUUUUUACCAAAUUAUACACAAAUAAUCGUAAUUAAAUAUUCCUCAAUCAGUUAAUCCCUAACAACAUCAAUAUUCAUCCAAUUAUUUAUUUUCCUGUUGUUUACAAUUUUGUAUAUACUUUUCUUUGGUUAAUAGCGAGUGCACCCAGACAAGUUGUAUGAGUUUAAUGAGCUAACUACCACUCGAGCAUUGAAGAGAUCUGUUGAUGCCAAUGCAGACCAACCUCAUGGUUACAAUAAACAACCAAAGCAACUUAAGCAAGCCACUCUUUCCUGGUCGAAAGGUAGUGUGAAACGUCCUCUGCUUUCCAAGGAAAACCUUGGUAGACUUACAUUAAAUAUGGUUACCGAAUCCUUGCUUCCCAUGUCAUUUGUCGAACAACCAUCAUUCAAAGAAUUGAUACAUGCUUGUCAACCUGGAGUUGAAUUACCAACCAGAUAUUCCAUCACCAAAGGCUUAGAAAAGAGGCAAGAGGCUUCAAUGGCUGCUGUCAAGGAUGCAAUGGCAAAGGUUGAGUGGAUCGCCACUACAACUGAUUGUUGGUCUGCACACCGCCGAUCCUAUCUGGGUGUAACAGCUCAUUGGCUUUCCGCUCAUUCUUUUAACAGAGAAAGUGCAGCUUUAGCUUGUCAAAGAAUUAGGGGAAGUCAUACUUACGACCGCAUUGCUGCACACCUUAAAACCGUACACAGCGAUUAUGGUAUCAACAGCAAAGUGGUCAAAAUUACCACCGACAAUGGCUCCAAUUUUAUAAAGGCAUUUUCUGUCUUUGCCCCAUCAGAAGAUGAACUUGAUGUCUCUGUUACUGACAUGAAUGACAUUUUCUCUGAUAAAGACGAAAGUUUGGAACUUCCUUCUCAUCAAAGGUGUGCAGCUCAUUCACUUAAACUUGUUUCAACAACUGAUGCUGCUGCAGAAAAAGAUUAUCAGUAG